AUGCCGUAUUAUUACAAUAAGAUGCGGUGGCUAUGUAGGGCCAAAAGAUUCUUUGAUUUGUGUAAGAUUUUGGUUGGUUUUCUAAAGGAGAGAAAAAUCAUUGCCACUUUUCCACAGCUUCAAAAUCCAGAACUAGCAUUUUUAGAUGAUGUUACGGAGCACGUAAAUUCUCUAAAUCUAUCUUUACAGGGCAAAGAUAACCUAAUUAUUGACAUGUUCCAAAGUGUUAUUAGUUCCGAGCCGAAGUUAGGGCCUUUAUUCUCUGAAAUUCAGAAAGGGAACCUGUUCAAUUUUUCACAUUUAAAAUGCCUCGGCUUGUUGAGCGAGCAGUUCCAGAACGAGUGCGUCGUCACUCUUUGUAAUCUUAGGGAGAAGUUUCAGAGUAGUUUCCACGAUUUCAGGAAACUAGAAAUAGACAUUGCCCUCUUUUCGGACCCUUUCUCUGUCAAUAUGUCUGAUGUGCCUGCGGAACUGAAAUUAAAUUUAAUUGACUUGCAGCUUGACAGGGCCUUCCUUAAAGACAAAAUAUCUGUCUGA